AUGGCAAUGAUUCAGACUACCUUGAGCUCGCCGCCAACGUCGUUUCUUUCGCCGGCUUCUCAAGAAUCCUCGCCUAGGCCCUCGUCUGCCUUCGAGGACUUUACCCUUUUUGAUGUGACGGAUUCCAGGCGCACCAGUGGCGUCUUCACUUCCUCUCCCUCUUCACCACGAUCAGACAUGGGGUCGAACCCGCCUACAUUAACGGAGAUAUUGCUGGAUGUGGCUCCUCCGCCAUGGACUCUGAGUGCUUUCACCGCGUACCUUUCCCAGAAUCACUGCAUGGAGACGCUUGAAUUCACUCUUGACCUGCAGCGAUACGCAGCCGUUCACGACCAAAUCCAAGCCGACUGCGCCUCCGACCCACACGCUCGCGCUCAGUUGUGCGACCUCUGGGACAAGUUGAUGCAAGUCUACAUCGCGCCAUGCUCACCCCGUGAGGUAAACAUUCCGUCUCGUGUACGCGAUCGAUUGCUCCGUCUUCCUGCAACGCCUGAACCGCCGCAUCCGAUGCACCUCGAGGAGGCAGGGCGCAUUGUGCACGAGUUGAUGAACGAUUCUUUGCUGGUUCCUUUCCUCGAAUCCGUCAGCCCGCUUCACCUCGACAACCACAGCCACGAGCAUGCGCGAUCACCCAUCUAUCCUCCAUACCUCAAUGUGGGCGGCGUCGCCUCUCGCUCGGGAUCCAACCACGUCUUCGAUUCAGAAGGCUUGACGGACGACAGUGACGGAAACUCUCCCCCGGUCAUGGAACCCAUGACCCCGCCCACGACACCACCUACUCCCAACGACUGGGCGCACUCGCCUGGUGGCUUCCAGCGCGCCAUGGCAGCACACAACAAGGGCUGGAAGAAGAUGGGCGCCAAACUCGGUUUCCAUCGCAAGGGGUCCAACAACAACAACAACAAGCGACCAAUGCCGACGUCCAACAACGGCGACGCCGUGUCUGUCUCCAUUACUUCUCAUUCUUCCGCACGACGACGACGUUUCAAUUUUGUUCCCUCAUGGGAGGAGCCUCACCCUGGUCGUCGUGUGUCGUGUGCUCUCAAUACCGAACAUGGCCCGGUGGAUGGGCCAGGUGGCAAUGAUACGCAAGAAGAUGGGAGGACUGGUAGUGACACGGUCGGGCCCCUAGUUACCGUACAAGCGCCCGCCACUCCGGUGCCCUCGGCUGGAUGCCGGGAGCACGGGGCACCAGCCUCAUUGGUCACUUCGGUCGAUUCAUCCCUCGGCGUGGCCCCCGACUCCGACAGCGCCAUUUCAGGAUCGCUCUCGUGUGUCGACGUGCCAGCAGCUGUCCCUUGUCAGACAGCCCAGGAUGCCGCAGGCUUUGAUAAGGAUACGAUGAUGACAGACGCUAUAGACGACCAGUCGUCUCCUAGCAGUCUGCCGCCUUCUCCAGUCAUAGAGAUACGGGAUGUUUCCGACUUUCUGGGUAAUGGUUCCUUGUAUCAUCACCUGGACACUACUGUGGAGUUUCACGACUCCGCAUCUGGCCGGACGCCACCCCCGGAUGACUUGUACGGUUGGGACGCUGAGUUCAGGCGCAAAGGGUCCCCAGCGAGUCCGAGCUCGGAAUCCGGCAGUGACUCGAUUGGCGACCUCGACAGCAAGCAGUACACCGGCCCGUCCGUCCUGGGGCGCGGCUCGAGUCAAAGAUUUGGACUUCUUCAUCGGGUUCUUUCUACGAGCAAGAUUUCGUCCAGAACAUCCGCCAGACGCGUCACGCCGUGAUCCGUCAUUGGCAUCCCGACGACAAGUUCGGUAGGGAAGGCCCGAGUUUUGGCGGUCACGACACUUUUCACAUUUACCAUGACGCCACAUCACAUACGUUGGAAGGGUAAUAAAAGCAUAGAGGGGACUGAUGUUUGGGAUAUCCUGGAGUUAAUUUGGGCAUUUGAAGCGGGCAUGUCGAUACCACUCUUGUAUCACGUCGUUAUCAUUACGAGCUUACGACAUUAGCAUUGAUUGUUUAUCCUCAGCGCGCGACGGCUCGGCCGGGGCCUGUUCU